AGUUUUAACUGUAAAAACGUUAAACGUUCCGUCGAUAACAUACGAGAAAUGUGCCGUUUUUCUGAUAUCAUUGCGCUUCAGGAGACGUGGCUGUUACCGGAUGAGAUCCAGUACCUGAGCACUAUUGACAGAAAAUUUAGUUCAACUGGUACUUCUGCCGUUGACACAGCAGCUGGCUUGCUGCGUGGCCGCCCGUACGGAGGUGUUGCGCUGUUAUGGCGCAGUGACGUGUUUCAAAACGUAUCUGUUAUACAGUGUAAUAAUCCGCGCGUGUGUGCCAUUAAAAUCGUUACAAACGACAGACCUAUUGUGGUAAUUAGUGUCUACAUGCCCACAGACUCGCCGGAUAACCUGUCGGACUUUACGGACUGUCUGGGUACGUUGGGACCAUCGGGGGAGAUGCUCAAUGCUGAGAAACCUGAAGGAAAGGUGGGCUUACGUUUUAGGGCCAAGGACGUGGAGAACGUGAUCAGACACAUGUCGCGAGGUAAGUCCCCUGGCCAUGAUGGUCUGAGCAUUGAGCACCUUCAGUACGGUGGUGCUCAUAUUUCGCGAGUGUUAUCACUAUUCUGUAACCUAUGUAUGAGUCAUAGUUAUUUACCACCCGAUUUAAUAAAAACCAUAGUGAUACCAGUUGUUAAAAAUAAAUCUGGGGACAUGUCGGAUCUGGGCAACUAUAGGCCGAUAUCCUUGGCCACCAUUAUAGCUAAAGUACUUGAUAGAUUGCUUGAGAUACAGUUAAAUAAACAUCUUCAAAUACAUGACAAUCAGUUUGGGUUUAGGCCCAAACUCUCAACCGAAUGUGCAAUUAUGUGUCUCAAGCAAACUGUCAGAUAUUAUACAGAUCGGGGAACGCCAAUAUAUGCGUGUUUUUUUAGACCUUUCUAAGGCUUUUGACCUGGUUUCCUACGACAUACUCUGGAAAAAGUUAAAAGAGGAGAAUACGCCUCCAGAAGUCAUAAAUAUCUUUAGGUAUUGGUAUGGAAACCAGGUCAACAAUGUAAGGUGGGCAGGGCAACUGUCUGAUUCGUAUAAAAUGGAGUGUGGUGUGAGGCAGGGAGGGUUGACCUCUCCUGUACUCUUUAAUUUAUAUAUUAAUGCACUGAUUGUCACGCUCAGCAACGAACAUGUCGGAUGCCAUAUUGAUGACGUAUGCGUCAAUAAUCUCAGCUAUGCUGACGAUAUGGUGCUGUUGAGCGCCUCAGUCUGUGGUCUAAGGAGGCUGCUUUGUUUAUGUGAGGGGUAUGCACAAACCCAUGGACUUAAAUAUAAUGAAAAAAAGAGCCAGGUUAUGGUCUUUA